AUGGCACACGUAAAGCAUGGAGUAAUUUCGACUGAUUACAGCAGUCUGGAUGACAGUCAGAGCAUUGGAAAAGUUCGACUAAAACCGCUAUCUAGAGCCAAGAGUCAUUCACCGUUGAAGCAAAUGCGAACCUACUCCUACAGAUCACUCAACAGCGAGGAAAACGCGCUCGAUAAGACGGCAUGCGAUUUGAUAAAGAGUUCAUGGCAUGAGGCCACGAUAAAAGCGAAUGCAGUUGGACAUGAUUUUGGAUACUUUGUCUUUCAACGUAUUUUCCAGAAGGAUCCAAGUCUGAAGACGGCGUUCGGUUUGAAAAUGGACGAAGAAAUAUCUGAUCUGACCGGCGAUCAUGAAUGUAUCAGGCAUUCGAAGAUCUUCACGAAUAUCAUUCACUUGGCUGCAAAAAAUGUCGACGAACUGGAGCCACAGGUGGCUCCUGCAAUAUUUAAGUAUGGCGAACGGCAUUACACAACAAAGGCGAGCGGUCUAAUAACCGAAGAGAGCGUUCGAAUGGUUUGUGCUCAGGUGGUUUGUACCGUAUGCGAUUUACUAGGAGACGAAGCACUACCACAGUGCGUCGAAGCUUGGAUUGAGAUGAUGAGGUAUCUGGGUAGGAAACUUCUUGAUGGGUUCGAAUAUGCCAAACUUACUUCUAAACAUCGAAUUAGCAUUAAUCGCAAUGAUCACCACCUUUUUUUGACCUUAUGA